CACUGCUUUACGGUCCGGCCGAGCGAAUGUUCAGUAAACGCGCUGCUGCUGGGAGGAGGCACUACCGACAUUUCGUCUUUGACAGCCGGCCGGAGACACUUCUCCUCCAGGGAACAUUUUCAUACGGCCACGAACCACAGUCCGGUAUCGCUGGUUGCUGUCCGAGCAGAACGGGAAAAGGAAGAAAUAAAGAGAGCAAGUCGUCGGCUCGGGUUCGUUCCGCGGGAGUAGCCAGUAAUCACAUUACUCUCUCUCUCUCUCCCUCUCUUUCUGUCUCUCCCUCUCUCUCUCUCUUUCUCUCUCUCUGUUCCUGUCUCUGUCUGUCUGUAGAGCUGAGGGGAAGCAGAGCAGACCCUGCCCUUUGUGAUUGGAGAGGGACUCACGACCACAGCUCCAGCCAUACGGACUGUCUUUGCCUCCAUCAUGCAGACCUCCAUCCUUCUCCUCCUUUCUCCAGUCCUCCUCCUGGCUCUCCUCUUCCCCACCUGCUCCUCCCAGAGCGAUGCAGACCUCAUUGUUCAGACACGUUCCGGUCGAGUCCGCGGCAUCCGCAUGCCAGUGCCGGACCGAAGCUACGUCACCUCUUUCCUCGGCAUCCCCUUCGCUGAGCCACCAGUAGGGAAGCGCCGUUUCCGUCGAGCUGAGCCCAAGCGUCCGUGGACAGGGGUGUAUGAGGCCAAAGCCUACCCCAACGCUUGCUUCCAGUUUGUGGACACGUCAUUCCCCGGCUUCCAGGGCAGUGAGAUGUGGAACCCCAACAGAGAGAUGAGUGAGGACUGCCUGUACCUCAAUAUCUGGGUGCCCUCCUCUCCCAGACCACACAACCUCACCGUCAUGGUGUGGAUCUACGGCGGAGGGUUCUACAGUGGUUCAUCUUCUUUGGACGUGUAUGAUGGCCGUUACCUAGCUCACAGUGAGACCGUCAUUGUGGUUUCCAUGAACUACCGGAUCGGUGCCUUCGGCUUCCUCGCUCUGCAUGGCUCUUCUGAGGCUCCUGGCAAUGUCGGUCUACUGGACCAGAGGAUGGCGCUACAGUGGGUACAAGACAACAUCCAUUUCUUCGGUGGAAACCCUAAACAGGUGACCAUCUUUGGAGAGAGUGCUGGUGGUGCUUCAGUAGGAUUCCACCUCUUGUCUCCAGAUAGCAGGCCUACCUUCACCAGGGCCAUCCUCCAGAGCGGGGUCCCCAACUGUCCCUGGGCUUCAGUCAGCCCCGCCGAGGCCCGCAGACGGGCCACGCUGCUGGGAAAACUGGUUGGCUGCAAUGGAGGCAAUGAUACCGAGCUGGUGGACUGUCUGCGCAGUAAGGAUCCACAGGAGCUUAUUGACCAGGAGUGGCAGGUCCUGCCGUGGUCAGCCCUCUUCCGCUUCUCAUUUGUCCCCGUUGUGGAUGGCGAGGUCCUGCCCGACACUCCUGAGGCCAUGCUCAACUCAGGCAAUUUCAAAGACACUCAGAUCCUGCUCGGGGUCAAUCAGGACGAGGGCUCCUACUUCCUGCUGUACGGAGCUCCGGGCUUCAGCAAGGACAACGAGAGCCUCAUCUCCAGAGACGACUUCCUGGAAGGUGUCAAGCUGAGUGUGCCACAUGCUAAUGAUAUUGGCCUGGAGGCGGUGGUGCUGCAAUAUACUGACUGGAUGGAUGAGAAUAAUGGGGUGAAGAACCGCGAAGCAUUGGACGACAUCGUGGGCGACCAUAACGUCAUCUGCCCGCUGGCCCACUUUGCCCGCACCUACGCCCAGCACAACACCCUCAAGGCUAACAUGGGAGGUGUGAUGAACAGUGGAGGAAACUCACAAGGAGGGAUCUAUCUCUACCUGUUCGACCAUCGAGCGUCCAACCUGGCCUGGCCCGAGUGGAUGGGUGUGAUCCACGGCUAUGAGAUUGAGUUUGUCUUUGGCCUGCCACUGGAGAAGAGGCUCAACUACACCCAAGAGGAGGAGAAACUGAGCCAACGCAUGAUGAAGUACUGGGCCAACUUUGCACGAACUGGAAAUCCCAAUGUGAACCAUGAUGGGCUGGUAGAGAGCAAGAGGCGUUGGCCUCUGUUCACCGUCAGCGAGCAGAAACAUGUCGGACUCAACACUGAACCACUGAAGGUCCACAAAGGUCUGAGGAACCAGAUGUGUGCUUUCUGGAACCGCUUCCUGCCACGCCUCCUCAACAUCACUGACAACAUAGACGAGGCAGAGCGUCAGUGGAAGGUGGAGUUCCACCGCUGGUCCUCCUACAUGAUGCACUGGAAGAGCCAGUUUGACCAUUACAGCAAGCAGGAGCGCUGCACUGACCUCUAAGAGCCUCAGCAGAGAGAUGAGAGAAUGACAGGGAGGGGGGAGGCAGAGAGAACAAGCUGUGGCCAUUUUCCUCCAUAGCCCCCUCAGUGAAGUCUAACUUCAUUCAAACUUUUGUUUUUUGUUUUACUCCACACACAAACACAGGCACUGUUGAUCUUCAUUUGUAUUAUUUAUACUAUUUAUUAAUGUGUUAUUUUUCUGAAUUUCUGUGUCCCUGUGGAAAUUAAUGGCUAUGGAGGGAAGUUGUCAUCAAUAUGGAGGAAUUUUAGAAAUGUCAAAGAUGUGUCAUUACCUCUGGCGUGUGUGUGUGUGUGUGUGUGUGUGUGUUUGAGAGAGAGAGAGAGAGCGUGUGUGGUUUGAAAGCCCCCAGUUACACUCAAAUCGACAGGCCCAUGACACUGCACCACUGCUGGUUUACUGUUGACUCACUUGUCUUUGUGUUGAUGUCAUAAACUCAUCUUUUGUUUUCUGAGGAUUCCUUCUUUACAUAUCAGGGUUUUGUGUUUUUGGACUCAACAACACUGUUUCUUUUUGUCGAGGCCUUUCAGUCUUGUUCUUGUUCAUUACUAUGACCACUAUUCUCAUAACCUGUCGUAUUCAGCUUCACUUUGUCUUGUCUGUUACUCAUGUGGUAAAGCCAUAAGCUGGGUUAAAUCACUGUGUUUCUGUGUGAAAAGGCGCCAUGGAAACAUUAGACUACAUUUCUCUCUGUACUGAGAAAACCACUUUAUGCUAGUUUGAUGUGACAUGUCGGUUUGUAAGUUAGAUCUUUUAUUUGUACUUUGGAUGGUGUGUGACAUUCAGUCCAACUGAUUGGUGCCUAAUUUACAUUUCAGAAGAUCACUCUAAAUCUGCUUGAUGGUUGAACAAAAACAGAAACAAGUCAUGUUAAUGUUAAUGGCCUGUUUCAACUGUCUUAUUUGCAUAUCAGCGUAGUGAGACAGAAAUAGGGUGCAGGAAGUGAGCAGAGAAACUAAAAAUGUCUGCUGAUAAUGCAAAAAACAAUCAAAAUGUGAUUCAGUAUCCCUGCAAAUGCAUCACAGAUGCAAAGGCAAUCUGCAGGUAAUCUGCUUAACAGCUGCCACUUGGACACGAGAUAACUGCGGGAUAACAGAAAAUGUUACAACAGGAGUACAACUGCAUUGUGUCAUAAAGUCAGUGGUGUCAACAAUAAAAACAAUACUAUAUUAAGCAGAACUUACAGGAAUACUUCAUCCAGAAAAUGAUCAUUUGUAAAUCAGUCGCUCACACUGAAUUCAUGAAGAAAACGUUUUUCUCAGAUGCCUCCACAGUGAACAAAGAAUCCAAAAACAGAAGAAAAAAAAUCUGUAUGAAAUGGAGCAAAUGGGGGCCGCGUUUAACAACAGCAAAUUUUUAUCAAAACUUUAGUUUACAAACACUCACAGAACUUGUGCAGUAUAAUCGAAGUCUCAUUUAUCCAGUCGUAUGCUCAGUACUUCCACUUAAAAAGUCUUAUGCACAGAUGAGGAAUGCUCCAGGUUAACUCAAAUGCACACCCUUGCCGAGGCAGGCUACUUGUUGUAAACAGAUUUUUUAAAUAUAGUCCUGCUGUUGUUUAACUCGGAACCCCCUCACUUCCAUUAUGACUUCCAAAUUAUGAUUUUGUGGGUAAAGUAUUUUAAUGUUUAAUUUCUCAAUAAAUCGAUUAAUUAUUUGGUCUACAAAACAAAAUUUAGUAUGUUGCAGUACAAAGUAGUUUUGUCUGAUUACCUGUCCCAAACCCCAAAUAUUCAAUGUACUUAAAGAAAAGCAGCAAAUUUUCAUGCGAGAAUCUUGAACCAUCAAGUUUUGGCAUUUUUGCCUAGAAAGUGACUUAAAUGAUUAAUCUAUGAAGAAAAUAGUCCACUAAUGGAUUCAUCGUUGCAGCUCUACUCUUAAAUCUAUUAACAUUAACCACUAUAAGCUAGUGGUCAUGCUAGACCAAGUGAGACUAUAGUAGCAAAAUGGCUGAGUGUGUUGAAUUGAGCAAGGGUGUGCUUCACUGCUUAUCGAUUCAACUUCUCAUUUGCAAGUAGAAGAUGAUGUCAUUUCUUUUUUCAAGUUAGUCUCAUUUUAAAGCCACUAAAUAUGGCAUUUUAAAAAUGUCUUACCUUGGCGUAAUUUGCUGGUAGCCUUCAGAAUAAUACAAUGGCAGUACCCAACAGUGUCCUACAGUACUCAACAGUACCCUACUGUAGCCUAUGGUAUGCUAAGGUACCCAGAAGUACCAUACAGUGUCCUACAGUACCCUACUGUACCCUAUCAAUUCAAUUAAUCAAUUUUAUUUAUGAAGCCCAAUAUCACAAAUCACAAUUUGCCUCAGAGGGCUUUACAGCAUACGACAUCCCUCUGUCCUUUGGACCCUCACAGCGGAUAAGGAAAAACUCCCCAAAAAAACCCUUAAGUUACCCUACAGUGUUCUACAGUACCCUAUUGUACCCUACAGUACCCUGCAGUGUCCUGUACCCCAAGGUACCCUACUGUACCCUGAGAUACCCAACAGUAGCCUACUGUACCCCAAGGUACCCUACUGUAUCCUAAGGUACCCAACAGUACUCUACAAUGUCCUACAGUACCUUACUGUACCCCACAGUACCCUAAGGUUCCCAACAGUACCCUUCAGUGUCGUGCAGUACCUCUCAAUGCUGUACAGUAUCCUGUACCAAAACCCUAAAUUAUAUCCAUUUCAGUAUGCUCAUUAUAAUGUAAUAUCUACCUGUAAUACUAUUUCCUUUGUGAAAUGAUGGUUUUUAGUAUAUUUGUUCGACAUUUUGACAAAUCCUUACAUAACAGUGAGAGUGAAUCAGUUGCUUGAGGAAGGGAAGAUGGUCGUCUAACUAAAGGGAUAUCUUGGAUUUUAGCAACCUUCUCUUCAGACUCAUUUGUCCUUCAGAAAGCUAAAGUUAACCCUUUAAAUAUAUAUUCAGUAUAAUGUGUAUGUCUGUACAUGUUUGUGUGUUUGUGUGGAAGCGAGAGCAGGGCCGAAGCUAUGAGGUUACUGAGCUCAUGUGAUCAGUAUGGGGGGGGGGGAGUUGAAUUUAUGCCCUUAGUCCUUUUAGAAUCUUGGCUAUAGCCCUGUUCAGGAGCCAGUACGAUACUGAACAACUGCACUGAAAUAUGUGAGUAUGUGUGUGUAUGUGUUGUGGUAGAUGUGUGUGUCAUCCUGUCAUGUACAGCUGUGAUGUAUUUCAUUAACAUAUCUCCCUCUCUGUUCAUUACAGUCCUCACUGCUUUAUUGCUCUGUCCUGUCAUUUAUCUUUUAUUUCUGUCCAUCUCCCUUCCUUUUUAUUCCACCUCACAUCUCUGCUGUCAGUGUUUCUUUCCUUCAUUCAAUUUUUCCACCAACUGCCCACCACUCUCCUUUCCUCUCCUUCCCCAUCCUCCGUCCCCCCUCCAUCCCCUCUGUCCUCCUGCAUCUGUUCCUCUCCCUCCAUCACCGCCCUGUUGCCCUGCUUUCCGCCUCUCAGUCUUCCUCCUGUUUCAUCUUCCUCUCUAAUCAACCUCCACCCACCCUCCUGUCUUUCUUGCCCUCUUCCUUUCAUCCUUCACUCCCUCCUCUGCCUUCCUCCUCUCACUCUUGUGUAAGACCUCUACUUUUCUGUCCUUCCUUUACACCCCCUCUCGCAUCUCUUUCUCCUUCUACCUCAUCUAACUUUGGUCCUCUUUAUCAUCCCUCCAUCCUUCCUAAUCCAUCUCUCAGUCGUAUCACUCUUCCCCUUCCUCCCCACUCAGCCCUCUUGAUCUUCGCCCCUCCCCUUUCCCCUUCUCUCUCUCCCCAUCCUCCUGCUUUCUCGUUAGUCUAAUGGAGGCAGAGUAAUUCACUCAGCGGCAGGAUAAUGUGACAGAGCGCUUGCUCAGCCUCUGGCCUGCCAGCCAACAGGACACAAUGGAUAGAUGGAAAAUGGAGGUGGAAAUGCACAGGGAUGAGGCAAGGAGAAAAGGGACAGAGAGAGGGGAGAUGGACGAGGCAGAAGGGGAGGUGGAGAUGUGACGGGAAGAUGAAAAGACAGAGAAAUAACAUCGUUACGUAACUCUUGUCCUUAGAAAGAACGGCGUCUGUGAGUUUCAGCUUUCACGUGUGGCACUGAUGAUGAAUUAUUCAAAUGUAAUUAAAAGUUGAAAGCUGCAUAUUCAAAUUGACACAAAGUCCCUCUCAGAUUUGGGUUUCAGGGCAGAAACAUGUUUUUAUUUAUUUAUUUAUUUAGUUAAUUAUUUGUAUUGCCCCAACAUCAAAGUAUAGCUGCACAUUGGCUCAUCAUUUUAUUAUAAGUGAGCGAUGUUGGAAGAUAACAGUAGUGGAAUAAAUAGUGUGGUUUACUGAACACAACAAACCAACAUGCAAUACCCAAACAAUGAGCAUACGGUUAAAUCUUUUACACAUAAAGACUGGAUUUGUAUUUAUAGAAAAAUAUGUAUUUAUUUAUGUUGUAACACUCUAGAGUGAAAGCUCCUAUUUAGCAGCAUUAAAGUCUGUAAAUUGAAAAGAAAGAAAAAUAGGCUUGCUGAUUUUGAUUACUUACGUACGGAGGAUGAUUAGGGUCAAAUGUGAAAAAUGUAAUUGAUGUAUUUCAAUUGAUUUCUAAGUUUAAAGUCAGAAUUCUGACUUUAAAGAGAAUUCAAAACGAUGCAGAUGUAAUUGUGAAAAAUUCUGACUUCAAACUAAAAUAAAAUUUUCAAAUUGGUGUUUCUGAAGCAAAGGCAUAACCCGGCCUGAUUAGGUCACCCUGACAUUCUGACCCACAAUGUAACCAAUCCAACUCCUCUUCCCUAAACCUAACCAACCCAACCAACAAAGGCAACAAGUACCAGUCAAUCAGAGGUAGAGAAGGGCGGGUCAGGCCUUCGCUAUACUCAGAAACACCAAUUUGUGUGGGGGAGGGACUGGAAGUUGUUUUCUUAAACAUGAAAUUGAUAUGGGUUGAUCAGAAGUUGUUAUUUAUUAGAAAACAUUAACACAACAGCCUCAGAAUUGAGCUUCAUCAUUUUGAUCACAAAAUUAAGAGAAUUAUUUAUGAGCACAGAUAUUGGCACACUGACUUGGAUGAUACUGGUACUUGUGAAAAGACCAUUAUCAGUACGAUACUUGAUAAAUUUACAGCAUCAUUUGCUGAAUGGGACUUUUGACUUUGGCUGUCUUCUCACUCCACCUGAGUGUGUAGCUAUGCAUCAUUUAUCUGUGUGUCUGCCACCCUUAAUAUCACUGUGUGUGUGUGUGUGUGCGUGUGCGUGUGCAUGUGCGUGUGUGUGUGUAAUGUACUCACUGUAUGUGUCUUUGUCAACCUCUUUGCCAUUUUUAUUUGAACACUGGGAGGGAUGUGAAUCAGCACUCUGACUGGCUGAUGGCCAUCCCAGCUAAGUGUCUCUGUUGGCAUGUAAAGCUCCUAUUUAUGGAUCGGAGUAGAGUAGUCUAGCUUUAAAAAUAACUAAAUAUGAAUAAAGGAUUGUACCUGAUGUCUAAAGUACCAGUGAAGAAUGCAUGUGGGACUGGCUGUGUGAGUGACAGCUCCUCCAGCUCCUCUCAUCCAAUGGGAGACCCCCGCUUAAGCCCUCCUUCCCCUGCCCUCCUAUCAGAUCCUUGUGCAUGUCCUGAAGUCGACCCCCGUCCUCAGUAUAUCCUUCCAAACUUGGACUGUUAUUUUCUGUAAAAUUUGUACUUUUGAACAAAACUAUUAUCAAAGUAACUAAUAUAUCUCUAAUGUUAGGUACGUUUAAUGUUAGCAAUAACGUAAAUACAUCAGUAAAGGAAUAUAUUUGAUAUUUAAAUGCAGUGAAAAUAUAAUGUGAUAAAAACAACAAUGAUGAUGGAUAGAGGUUGUGUUUUAAAAGCAAUAUUAUUCUGAGUAUAAACUAAAAUGAGUGCCAUAAAUCUUUUUUCUUGAAUUCUUUUUUUUUUCUGUUUGUUUGACUUUGUUUCAGUCCUCUGCCUCAUUGUUGUUUGUUCCAGUCACUAGUACUGUAAGUGUUGAAGGCUUCUGUAGCUUCCCAGUAUGUCUCUGUGUAUCAUGAAUGCUGACUUGGUUAAGCUAUAGCAACAGAAAUAAAGACACCCUGCUGCUUCUGUC